AUAGCCUUCCAACACGGACGGUGUUAUGCCAUAUAUACUGAGAAAAAAUGUGGAUGCAAAUCUCGGCAGUUCGUCUACAACAUCUGUUCUGCAGAAUAAUACAUCCACCUCUUAAAAAAUAUCCGAUAUAUCGGAUUAUUUAUCACGAUUGAUGAAACCUGCAAAGGAUAUUGUCGUUUUUAAACAGUAGGCUACUUGGAGAUGAAUACAAUUCACGCAGUUGGCACAUUAACUGAACGUGUUUGAGCCUCCUCCUGCACCGUAGAUAACCCGGAAAUAGGACCGUUGACCCCCAUCCAUUGAUACCUCUCACGUUUCUCCAAUGCUCUUUAUAAACUGUCAAAUUCUGGGCGUUUUCUUCAUGUUGUCGUCGGAAAGUGUGCUGCAUUUGUUAUAAUUAGAAGGUGAGAAGUAAUUUGCCACCAUGUUUCUCACCCUCACGCUGUUGCGGAAAGGCAUCCCCGGGAAACAGUGGAUCGGGAAGUAUCGCCGUCCUAGACAGAUCACGUGGCAGAUGAAACGCAAUACGCUAAAGCAUCUGGAGCGCGAGGCUGAGAAUGAAUACUGGAUCAGUCGGCCGUACAUGACCCCGGAGCAGGAGCACUGCCACGCUGCCGAGCGCAGAGCCCAGGCCUGGCUCAAGAUCAAGGAGACCAAAUUCGCCAAUUUUCCUGAACACAAGUACAUCACAGAUCACCUGAGUCAUCUCAAAAUCACCAAGACGUGGUCAAAUUAAUUAGAGAAGAGAAAUGACAUGCAAAGACUGUCUUCAUAAUGUGACAAUAUAACAUGUUUGUGUGCAAGAAAGCUCUGUUUUGUUAUGUGUAUUAAUAUGAAGCGGGACAUUGUAUGUCCUGUGUCAUAAAAUUUAACCCUGUAAACUCUUUGGUUUUGGUUCUGUGUGUCAGACUGAAUCCACAUUGCAACAGCUGUAAUUGCUCCACAUUUGGUGCAGCUCCUUCAGAUUAAAAAAAAAACCUGCAUAAAAUUUUAAACCUGAUGCGUGGGACCUUACUUUAGCUCUCAUUAACAAAACACACUUUCAAGUUGAGAAAACCAGGCUUCCCACUGAAUAGAAAAUCUCUAUAAUUAUGUGAACUGUUGAAGUGUGUUCCAUGAGGAAAAGGUUGGAGGAAUUAUAUAAACUGUCUGGGGAGGUUGGGGCAAAAUUAUGUAAUUAUAUGAAUGGUUAAUUUCAUUAAAACACAGCAGAAUACAUUA